AUGUCCGAAGCUCAACCUCCUACAGUAGUCGAAGGUGCAACCACAGGCGAUGUAGAUGAUGAAAUCCCUCAAGUAGCCAAGUCGGCAGAAGAUCGGAAAGCAGCUGCUGCUCUUUCCUCCCUCGAUGCUCCGCGUGAAGAUGAUUCUACUGCAACAAAACAGAUAGAUCAAGAGGCUGUGCGGAAAGCUAUGGAUAGGUUGGCAGGCGCUACAAAUGGAACCGUUGCAAAGAAGGGAGAUGAGAAAAAGGUUGUGAAGAAGAUAGUGAAAGUUGAAGCAGCCGAUGUUACUUUAUUGGUUGAGGGACUCGAAUUGACAAAGAUCAAGGCCACAGAGUUAUUGAAGGCUCAUGAUGGUGAUGCUGUGAAAGCAUUAAAAGCAUAUAUUACUCCUGUGGCAUGA